AUGAGUCUGAACCAAAUUAAAAGAACGGCGAAGGAUAAGAUAAUGAUUCAAGUAAUAAAGAAUAGUGAGAAGUGAGGAAAAACAGUGUGAAAGAAGGAAGAGUCAAAUUGGAAACCAUGGUGAUGAACGUGGCUCGGAUCCAUGACAAACAGAAGCUGAAGUUCUUCUGGGAGCAAAGGAUCAACAAGCACAGCCAACAGAUGGUUGAGGAGGAGAGCCGCAGGAAGAGCAGCGCUCUGACAAGGCUGAGGGGGCAGUGGUUAGUCAAGUUGGAUCAGCGGAACGAGCACCAGCAAAGCUUUUUUGAGGAGAGACUCAGGCGCUCUCAGAAGGCCCAGCAGCGUCUUACACAAUUGGAUUUUCGUCCUUCUUGA